AUGAGCAAGCCCGUUAAAGACAGCUUUUCAAUGUCCGACCUGGACUCAUCUCUCCCCGCCGCUGCCGCCGCUUUGAGUGCUGAGGAUCGCGCUGGUUUAGUAAAUGCCCUCAAGGAUAAGCUGAGCAAUCUGGGUGGGCAGGACGUUAUGGAGAAGCUGACCCCAAAAGUGCGGAAGCGCGUGGAGGUGCUUCGAGAGAUUCAGGGUCAACAUGAUGAGCUAGAGACAAAGUUUUUUGAAGAGAGAGCAGCACUUGAAGCAAAAUACCAGAAACUUUAUGAACCAUUGUAUUCGAAGCGCUUUGAGAUUGUGAAUGGGAUUGUAGAAGUUGAAGGGGUGUCUGAUGCUCAGGGAGGGGAUAAAGCAAAUAAUAAAGGUGUGCCUGACUUCUGGCUGACAGCAAUGAAGACAAAUGAGAUUUUGGCUGAGGAGAUUUCAGAACGUGAUGAAGAGGCUUUGAAGUUUCUUAAGGAUAUCAAGUGGUCUAGGAUUGACGAUCCCAAGGGGUUCAAGCUCGAAUUCUACUUUGAUACCAAUCCUUUCUUCAAGAAUACUCUGCUUACAAAAACAUACCAUAUGGUUGAUGAGGAUGAGCCAAUACUAGAGAAAGCAAUAGGGACAGUAAUUGAAUGGUAUCCAGGCAAAUGCUUGACCCAAAAGGUAUUGAAGAAAAAACCAAAGAAGGGGACAAAAAAUGCAAAGCCAAUAAUGAAGACUGAAAAAUGUGAAAGCUUUUUCAACUUCUUUAGCCCACCAGAGGUUCCGGAUGAUGAAGAUGAAAUCGAUGAGGAUGAGGCUGAAGAACUUCAGAAUCUGAUGGAACAAGACUAUGACAUUGGAUCAACUAUCCGGGAUAAAAUUAUUCCGCAUGCUGUUUCGUGGUUUACUGGUGAGGCUGCACAAGAUGAUGAUCUUGAGAUGAUAGAGGAAGAUGGUGAAGGUGGUGAUGAUGAUGAGGAAGAUGAUGAUGAUGAAGAAGAGGAUGAAGACGAGGAUGACGAUGAUGAUGAAGACGAUGAAGAUGAUCACCCUGUCAAGUUCACAAAGAAGCCUUCUCGAUCAAAGAAAAGUGGUACGGGACUAGCUGGCGAAGGUCAGCAGGGGGAACGCCCUCCCGAGUGCAAGCAGCAGUAG